AUGCCACCAAAGAAGAAGAACGUGCAAGAAAAGCCUAUUUUGUUAGGUAGACCAGGUAACAAUUUGAAAUCUGGUAUUGUCGGACUUGCCAAUGUGGGUAAGUCCACUUUUUUCCAGGCCAUUACCAGAUGUCCAUUAGGUAACCCUGCAAACUACCCAUUUGCUACCAUUGAGCCCGAAGAAGCCAGAGUCAUUGUGCCAUCGCCCAGAUUCGAAAAGUUAUGUGAAUUGUACAAGCCAAAGAGUGAAGUUCCAGCCUUCAUGACUAUUUACGAUAUUGCUGGUUUGACUAAGGGAGCCCAUGCUGGUGAAGGUUUGGGUAACAAUUUCUUAGCCAACAUCAGAGCUGUCGAUGCCAUUUUCCAGGUUGUUCGUGCCUUUGAAGACUCUGAGAUUAUUCACAUCAACGACGAAGUCAACCCAUACGCUGACUUGGAAAUCAUCAAGGACGAGUUGAGAUUGAAGGAUAUCGAGUUCGCUACCAAGCACUUAGAAGGAAUUGAAAAAAUCACCAAGAGAGGUGGACAAUCACUUGAAGUUAAGAACAAAAAAGAAGAAGCCGAAUUCGUCAAGAGAAUCAUUCUGUUGUUGGAAGAAGGUAAAAGAAUCGCCAACCAGGUCUGGACUGCUAAGGAAGUCGAAACUAUCAACUCCAUGUUCUUGUUAACUGCCAAGCCUUGUAUCUACUUGAUCAACUUGUCAGAAAGAGACUAUGUCAGAAAGAAGAACAAGCACUUGUUGAAGAUCAAGGAAUGGGUUGAUGCCAACUCUCCAGGUGAUCUCAUCAUCCCAGUUUCUGUUUCCUUGGAAGAGAAGUUGGCUGGUAUGGGUUCUGACGAAGAAAGAGAUGCCUACUGUAAGGAAAUCGGUGCCACUUCUGCAUUGCCAAAGAUCAUUGUGGCCAUGAGACAGAAAUUGGACUUGAUCUCGUUCUUCACCGGAGGUCCAGAUGAAGUCAGAGAAUGGACCAUCAGAAGAUGGUACACUGCUCCACAAGCUGCUGGUACUAUCCACACUGAUUUGGAAAGAACCUUCAUCUUGGCCCAAGUCAUAAAAUACGAUGACUUGGUGGAAUACGGAGAUGAAGUCGCUGUCAAGGCUGCUGGUAAGUUGUUACAAAAGGGUAAGGACUACUACGUUGAAGAUGGUGACAUCAUCUUUGUCAAGGCAGCCGAAGGUAAGGCUCGUUAAGUGUAUUUAGUAUUGUCACGAACAUAUAAGCACAUGAACAUAUAAAA